AUGAUACAUGGCCCAUGUGGCACAUUUAACAGCAGUUCACCCUGCAUGAAAGAAGGCCGUUGCACAAAGAGGUUUCCAAAAAAAUUUUGUGAUGAAACCGUUACUGGUGAAAACGGAUACCCAUGGUACCGCCGUCGGAGACCUCAAAAUAGUGAUUUUAUUGCUGAAAUAAAUAUGCGCGGACAAUGUGUCACAGUUGAUAAUCGGUGGGUAGUGCCAUAUUCACCAGUACUCUCACGUGCCUUUGAAGCUCACGUAAAUGUAGAGUACUGCGCGAGUGUAGAAUCAAUAAAGUACAUAUGCAAGUACGUAAACAAAGGAAGUGAUCAAGCCACAUUUGGAUUGCAGAGCAGUGAUCGUGAUGAAGUGACCAAAUAUCAAUCUGGUCGCUAUAUCAGUACCUCGGAAGCGGUGUGGAGAAUACUUGGAUUUUCUAUCCACGACCGACACCCAACUGUAAUGCAUUUAGAUGUCCAUCUAGAAAACGGACAGCGAUUAUAUUUCAAUCCAGAAAACGUACGGGAACGCUUAGAAAAUCCACGCCGUACCACACUCUUAGCAUAUUUCAGUCUGUGUCAAGAAGACAGUUUUGCACGAACGCUCCUAUACAAUGAAGUACCGUCGUAUUACACGUACAAUAAGCAACAAGGAGUAUUUAAUAGACGCCGACGGGGACAGCCGGUGGAGGGGUUUCCAGGAGUAUAUCGCGAGCAUGCACUAGGACGAGUGUACACGAUUCAUCCGAGUAAUAAUGAAUGUUAUUACUUGCGUCUUUUACUGCACACAGUCCGGGGAGCUACUUCUUACACAUAUUUAAAAACUGUUAAUGGUGUUGAGCAUUCCACCUUUCACGAAGCUUGCAGCGCAUUGCGUCUGCUAGAUGACGAUCGAAAUUGGGACGACACUCUUGAAGAGGCCGUAGUCAGCGACACUCCCAUCCGAUUGCGACAUUUGUUUGCAAUCAUGAUAGUGUACUGCGGACUUGCCCAUCCAAUGCAGCUAUGGGAAAAAUACCAACGGCAUCUAUCCGAAGAUUUUCGUUUUGCGGCUAGGCGCGCUGAUGGAGAUAGUGUGGCAGAGUCUGACGAGCGUAUUAUUAAUCGUUGCCUUUGUUCACUUCAAGAUAUUGUGAUUUCAAUAGGUGGCAAUCCUUUGAGUCAUUAUGGUCUUCCAGAGCCGCAGGAAACCACUGAAGUUCGGCGUGUUGGUCGAGAGUAUGCAGCGGAGACAAAUUAUGAUCGUGCCGCGAUGGCCGAAAUCGUGAACAAUAAUAUUGGCACCCUCACAAAUGAACAAAAGUCUGUGUAUGAACGAAUUUUGAGAAGUGUCAGUCAACAGGAUGGUGGAAUAUUUUUCUUGACGCCCCUGGUGGUACAGGAAAAACGUUUUUAA